AUGGAGACGCACAUCUCUUGCUUGUUCCCGGAGCUGCUGGCCAUGAUCUUCGGCUACCUGGACGUCCGGGACAAGGGGCGCGCGGCGCAGGUGUGCACGGCCUGGCGAGACGCCGCCUACCACAAGUCGGUGUGGCGGGGGGUGGAGGCCAAGCUGCACCUGCGCCGGGCCAACCCGUCGCUGUUCCCCAGUCUGCAGGCCCGGGGCAUUCGCCGGGUGCAGAUCCUGAGCCUCCGCCGCAGCCUAAGCUACGUGAUUCAGGGCAUGGCCAACAUCGAGAGUCUCAACCUAAGCGGCUGUUACAACCUCACGGACAACGGACUGGGCCACGCGUUUGUGCAGGAGAUCGGCUCUCUGCGUGCCCUCAACCUGAGCCUCUGCAAACAGAUCACCGACAGCAGCCUGGGCCGCAUUGCCCAGUACCUCAAGGGCCUGGAGGUGCUGGAGCUGGGGGGUUGCAGCAACAUCACCAACACUGGCCUCCUGCUCAUAGCCUGGGGUCUGCAGCGCCUCAAGAGCCUUAACCUACGCAGUUGCCGCCAUCUCUCGGAUGUGGGUAUUGGACACCUGGCCGGCAUGACUCGAAGCGCAGCGGAAGGCUGCCUGGGUCUGGAACAGCUCACCCUGCAGGACUGCCAGAAGCUCACCGAUCUUUCUCUAAAGCACAUCUCCCGAGGAUUGACGGGCUUGAGGCUCCUCAACCUCAGCUUCUGCGGGGGCAUCUCGGACGCAGGCCUUCUGCACCUGUCGCACAUGGCCAGCCUUCGCAGCCUUAACCUGCGUUCCUGCGACAACAUCAGUGACACGGGCAUCAUGCAUCUGGCCAUGGGCAGCCUGCGCCUCUCGGGGCUGGAUGUAUCCUUCUGUGACAAGGUGGGGGACCAGAGUCUGGCUUACAUAGCUCAGGGCCUGGACGGUCUCAAGUCCCUUUCCCUCUGCUCCUGCCACAUCAGUGAUGAUGGCAUCAACCGCAUGGUGAGGCAGAUGCACGGGCUGCGUACACUCAACAUCGGACAGUGUGUUCGCAUCACAGACAAGGGCCUGGAGCUGAUUGCUGAGCACCUGAGCCAGCUUACUGGCAUCGACCUGUAUGGCUGCACCCGAAUCACCAAGCGUGGCCUGGAGCGCAUCACGCAGCUGCCCUGCCUCAAGGUACUCAACCUGGGACUCUGGCAGAUGACGGACAGUGAGAAGGUCAGGUGA